AUGGAUGCGAUUACUAAGGUGAAUUCUGAAUCUCUUCAAGAUUGCAAUCAACCAAGCAGCAGUAAAGUUGUUCAAUAUGCCUUCCAUGUCGUUCGGCCUAAGAAAGUUCCACCACCUUCACCUCAUUUUCUCUCAAGCAUUGAUCUUUGCUACAGCAAGCCAGAAUUCUCCACACUUGUGCUCUUCUUCAAGGAUUGCUUCUCGCCUUCCACAGGAGCUAAGAGUCUUGUAGACAGCCUCAGGUCUUCACUUUCCAAGGUGCUAGUAUUUUAUCCUGUUCUCGCUGGAAGGCUCAGGGUAAACGAGAGUGGAAGGAUCGAGGUAAACAUGAACGGUCAAGGUGUCCACUUUGUGGAGUCAAAGGUGGACUCGAGCUUCCAAGAUUGGCAAGACAUACGCCAGUGUCCACUAGACAUAGAUUUAUCACUCGACACCGGAGUUGUCAACCCCAGCGAUGUUCCUCUUAUCAAGUUCCACUUGACGCAAUUUCACUGUGGGAGCAUUGCCAUAGCAGUCCAUUUUUUGCACAUCGUUUUGGACGGCUCCAGCCUCUACAACUUCCUCAACGCAUGGGCUAAAGUUCACCGUGGCAGCACUUUAUUUUGUGAGAGCUUUGGAAGAGAACGGGCGCUCUUGGCUCGGGAUCCUCCAAAGGUGGACGCACCGGUGCCUUUCAUCAUUGACGCUGCUGCACGCGACAAGCAAAUUGAUCCAAGCAACAUCACGCCUUGCAAUCUGGUGACACUUCGAAUGGAGCAAGCUGCUAUAGACGCUUGCAAGCGAGAAGCUCAAACCGGCGCCUUUGCAUACAACGGUGGAAAAGCUACGGGCUUUGAGGCCGUGUUGUCCCUGCUGUGGUCGUCCAUACUACGUGCACAGGGAGUCCCUCAACACCUUGACACGGCUAUCUUGUUCUCUAUCAACCUGCGGGGCCAGAAGCUAGCAGUCGUCCCCCAAAAUUAUUUCGGCAAUGCCGUUGCCAAUUGUCAGGUUCAUGCGUCUCGAGCUGGCGACAUAGUUGCUUCGGACUUAUCGUAUGCUGCGCAUCUCAUACACAAAGCAAAGAUCUCCUGCAAUAGAGCGUCGGUGCAGAGCAUGCUGGACUGGCUGGAGCUGAAUUCUGCUCAUCUUCACAAGGAACUUCACUGGAGGCGGGGAAUCAUGUCCACGACCAUGACCAAUUUCCACAUGUAUGGUCUCGAUUUUGGGUGGCGAGGAGGAGCACUUUCCCAACUUUGCUUUCUGCCCAGCAAAGUUCCACCACACAUGCCAUUUGUUGCAAUGCUGCCCUCGCCAAGACCCAAGUCAAUAGAGAUUGUCAUUGGGCUGCAUCACCAGGACAGAGAAGUGUUGCUACAAGACCAUCUCUUCACACGCUAUUUCUCAGCGUCAGAGAUUAAGCUGUGGACUGGAGAUCGCAUACUCGUGUUCAUGACAACGGACCGUGUUGGAACACGGCUCGUUGAGAGGCUGCCUGGCGAUGGCUACAGGUUUCACACCAUGACACCGUCUCCAAGCACCACCAACCAUGUACCUCGACGUGACCAUGCAACUGGAAAUCGGAACACCUUCACUUAUACUCUGGAAGGCUGGCCAGCUUUUGGAAGCAAAGGCCAGCUCACCGGAUUCACUUUGGCUCGAUCCUGA